UCUUGAGGUUUUUUUUUUUUUAUCUAGUCAGUAUAAUAAUGUGUUUGUCCAACAUGUUAUGUUGGCAAAAUAAGUAAAUACAUUUUUUAUUUUCUGAAAUGGUUUGGGUUUUCUUAUUGGUUUCCUCAGUGUACAGAUUUGUAUACCUUGAGAACACAUCUCAUAAGUGUGUUAAUGAAAUCCAACAGUUUGUGAAUGAAGCCACUUCAUUUCAAACUGUUUCAACAAAAAUAAUGUAAAAAAAUAAUGUCUCCAAAAGAAAAACGAAAUAAAUAAAAGAAAAACUCCAAAGUUCAAAAUGAAAUUGUCCAUCUAAAGUAAACAUUAGACAUUAUUAAACGGAUGAACUCUGUGAAUAUUUUUUCUUAUGGGAAUCUAAUAUGCCUUCAUUCAUUCCUGUCAGGUCAUGAAUGCUUAUAUGCACAUUUUGGUCAAGAAAUACAACAAGGAUUCAACGAACAAGGCUGUGUGCAUUGAUUCAUACGAAAUGAGUGACAUCUGGAAGCAUAAAAAAGCAAAGGUCAAGAUGGAUCCAAAACAAUUUAAAUAUAUCAUUGGGAUCAUUAACGAAAAUCAGCACUGGACUCUGACGAUUAUGAUUCCACAAGAGAAGAGGGCUCUGUUAUUUGAUCCUCUAGGAGAGACCACAUCAAAAGUACAAAGGUGUCAGAAUGUGACAAGGUCCUUUAUGAUACAGAAGGGCUACAACGUGCCCAAAUGGGUGUGUGAGACAUUACCGCAUUCAUGCCAACAGGAUGGCAGUUCCUGUGGACCCUUUGUCUUGAAAUUUGCAGAAUGUUUCUUAAAUAAUGAGUCGCUUCACUUUUCUACAUCUGAGGAAAGUGUGGCUGCCCUGAGAAGAAAAAUUGCUGCUUGUGUCUUGCAGCACACUGAUAACCUGAAGGACCUGUGCCAUCUAUGUGGGGACAAAAACAGUGGCAAAAAAGUGACUAACUGGCUUGCUCACCCGGUUUUUGACCCUCUGCUCUCGUCCUGGAAUAUUGCCUUUGCUUCAUCCUUCAAACUGUUGGUCCGCUACUGAUUUUGACCCCAGCCUGUUCAAGGGAUUUUGCCUCUGUCUCGCCCUCUUACUUGGUGGCUCGGCUACCAAUUAAUUUAUGUUUUUUUAUUGUUUUGAUUCAACCUUUUUGACAAUAAAUCCUGUUCUAAAUUGA